AUGUCUGAGCGACCGCUUCUCCAAAGCGCCCCGGGCAAACGUAUCGCCCUCCCAACCCGGGUAGAGCCCAAAGUCUUCUUUGCCAACGAGCGAACCUUCCUUUCAUGGCUCAACUUCACAGUUAUCCUCGGCGGCCUUGCCGUCGGUCUUCUUAACUUUGGUGAUUCAGUUGGUCGCAUUUCGGCAGGAUUGUUCACGCUGGUGGCCAUGGGCGCCAUGCUAUACGCUUUGUUCACGUUCCAUUGGCGGGCAAAGAGCAUUAGAGUGAGAGGCCAGGGCGGGUUCGACGACCGGAUUGGACCCACCGUAUUGACCCUUGCUCUCCUGGCUGCCGUGGUGGUCAAUUUUGUGCUCAGGAUGGUCGAGUCAUAG